AUGACUAUGACUAUCAUACCAGAACCGAACAAUGAUAAUGCCAAAAUUGGACCAGAGAUUGUAGACAUUCAGACCGAGGGUCUUAGUUUUCUAGCCUUAUCUGGAGAAUCCAAAGUGCAGCUACUUCCUACUCCAUGGCCUCCACAGAAAUUACCUCCACCAAACGCAUCACUCUUAGCUACUGCUACUAAAAGGGGACUUGUUGCCGCUGUCGGUCCCGAUUCGCUUAUCUUGGCAACAACGCAAUCAGUUAGAGAUGCCUAUGAUGGAACCGGGCCCAGUGUAGGCAAGCUGAAGAAAUUUGAGCCACAAAUAAAGAUGCUCAUGGAGACACGGAUAUCUCAACUUGUAUUUACCUCAGACGAGACUUACCUAGUCCUGUCUGCUGAAACUGGAGGCGGAUUAGCCGUAUACGAUGUUCAAUCACUCCUAGACGGAUCGCAGCAAGCUUUAUUUGAAUUGCCAACCAAUGGAGAAGCCUUAAGAUGCAUCGUACCUAACCCGAGCCCCGAAAAAGGAGAAUUAAUAGCUCUUGUAACCGCAGGUGGGGAUCUUAUGAUCGCUAAUUUGAAGGGACGAGAAUACAUAUCUAGUCCACAAGGCUCGGUUUUCAAAAAGUGCGUCAGCUGUGUAUCCUGGAGCACCAAAGGGAAGCAAUUAGUUGCAGGGCUCGGUGAUGGAACUGCUUUUCAGAUGACACCAGAGGGUGAAGCUAAAGCAGAGAUCCCUCGUCCGCCAGGUAUUGACUUAAUCGAUCAUGGUAAGUGCAACCUUAUAUGCUCAACCGUCAAUUGGCUUAUUGAAUAA